AUGUCGUCCACUGGAGGCGGAUGGGCGCAACUGCGCCAGCAAGCGCGCACGCUCGAACAACAAACUGAGACGCUGUUCCACACAUACUCGCAGUUCGGCUCGACACCAAACAUCCCCGCGAAACCCUCAGAAGAAGAGUUACGGGUUGAAACUAGGCUGCAGGAAAUCCUCGAGCAAAGAGAUGGUCUUGUCGGCCAGCUAUCUCGGCUCCUCGAUUCCGAAUCGACGCAUGGCUCGUCGGCCGUAAAGCAGAACAACCUUGCCAGACACCGCGAAGUACUCUCAGACCACCGUCGCGAGCUCGCGCGCCUCAAGUCUACCCUAAACGAGGCCCGCAACAGGGCGAACCUCCUCUCCAAUGUACGCUCGGACAUUGAUGCAUACCGGUCCGCAAACCCAGAGCAAGCGGAGGCCGACUACAUGCUCGACGAGCGGAAUCGCAUCGACAACUCGCACAACGUAGCCGACUCGGUCCUCAGCCAGGCAUACGCCGUACAAGAGAACUUCAGCCUGCAAAGGGAAACGCUCACGAGCAUCAACCGGAGAAUAGUGGGCGCUGCAAGUCAAGUACCUGGCAUUAACAGCUUGAUCGGACGCAUUGGGACAAAGAAGCGCAGAGACGGUAUCAUCCUGGGCAGUUUCAUCGCAUUCUGCUUCUUGAUGCUGUUAUGGUUCAGGUAG